CGGCUAGCAGCGGCACCGUAAACCAGACUGACCUUCUACGCGGCCUCGUCGCUCGUCCUGGAGCCUGACGAGGACCUUGAAUGUUUUUCAGCAGCGGUGUUUGAUUUUCUGCGAUUUUGUAUUAUUGUACAGUCAUGCCCACAACGGUGGAAGUCCCCACACUGCAGGAGCUAAGUGUGGACGAGAUCAGUGUGUCCUCUGCAGUGCUGAAGGCUGCUGCCCAUCAUUAUGGCUCCCAGUGUGACAAACCCAACAAGGAGUUCAUGCUCUGUCGCUGGGAGGAGAAGGAUCCCAGGAAGUGUCUAGAAGAAGGGAGGAAAGUAAACGAGUGUGCUCUCAACUUCUUCAGGCAAAUCAAGGGUAACUGUGCCGAGUCCUUCACGGAGUACUGGACCUGUCUGGAUUAUUCGAACUUGGCAGAACUGCGUCGUUGCCGUAAGCAGCAGCAAGCCUUCGACAGCUGUGUCCUUGAUAAACUGGGGUGGGAGAGACCUGAGCUGGGAGACCUGUCUAAGGUGACCAAAGUGUCAACCUCACGGCCCCUGCCUGAGAACCCCUACCACUCUAGACCACGUCCUGAGCCCAACCCGACCGUCGAGGGUAAACUGGAGCCUUCCAAAUAUGGCAGCAGGUUAUUCUUCUGGAACUGGUGAGGCAGCUCCAGUCGCCUUCCAAAGCCAUGGGCUCUGUCCAAAAACAGCUAGACUACAUGUGACCAUUGAUACAUCUGUGAUACUUCAAAAGGUUUAAAUCUCUCAGGUGCAGGCACGAGCAUUAAGGAUGCUGGUUUUGGCACAUUUAUGUGAGUGAGAUCUGAGAGUUGAUUUUGGACAGGGCCCAUGUCCUAACAGUUGGUCCAGCAGCUGUUCCUGUACCUGUACCUCCAGCAUCUUCAGACAGUUCGAUUAAGGAAGGAAGGAUGGAUGAUUGUGUGAAUAAAGUCCACGAAUCCAUACAGCUUUCCUGCCCACUUCUGUAAAUGUAAUGAGUGAACAAAUGCAACAUUCUUAUUGUUGUUGUCAAAUAAUAAAGAGAUAACUUAUA